AUGGCAGCUUCUGAACAGUUCGCCUCGUGGAAUCCAGCGUUACGAUCCGAGGACCAUUCGAUACCUACGAUAGAGAACACCCUCGACCAACAACCAACUUCCCCGGCUGAACAAGUGGAAUCUCAAGCUAAGACCGUCACUCCACCACCCCAAGAAGACUCCCCACUCCAAGAGGUUCCGGAAGAUGUAGUGGACACGGUUGUUCCGCCUGUGAGUGGUGAUACUCAACCGAUCGCAAACGCCCUCGACCAAGAUCAAACCCAACCCCAGCCUGAAGAGACCGAUCGCGAUAUCCCACCUAUGAUUGUCGAUACCCCCAAGGAUACACAAGAAACUCAAGAGUCGGUCCCAAGAAAUGCGACUGAUGAAGGAAACGUUUUUUCGCUUGAAAGCAACGACUCGGCAUUCCCAACCACGCAGAAUGCGCCAGAUCUGUCGUGGGCUGAGGACAGUCAGCCGCAAGCCGUCGAGCGACAUGAUGAUUCGGUGUGGACUCUGCAUCAACAAAGCAAGGAAACUCCCACCUCUCCCAACGGCGAUUUCGGCACUACGAGCCAUGAUCUCUGGGGCAGCCCUACUUCCCCCGGUGGUGAGCACGAUUUCUUUGACCAGCUGAAGACGCAAACAAAACCGAUUUACGUACCCCCCGAGUCCGAAUCCCGAUAUGAAGAAGGUGUCCCACUGCUGGACGAAGGCGUCUCUUCACCGACCGAGCCAACGGCCAACCAAGAAAGCCGCAUAGACCAGAUAUUCGAUGGUGACGAAGAUGAAGAGGGCGCUUUCUUUAACGAGGUGCAGGAGUCAGCUUCAACAGACGAAUCCCGACCCUACGGCCACAUGACACGUAAAAGCACGUCCCAAGUUCUGGACUCUCUUGACACUUCCAUGAAAUCUCCGGUUAGCGAUGCUUCGCCAACGGCUCGGGAGUUCGACAACAUUUUGGCUGCGGCGGCCUCCGGGAACCAGGUGAAGAAGUCCACGUCGGAGGAAGAUCUAGCUGCGAGGUGGCAAGCCGAGCUCUCGGAUGAGGAACCUGAACCGGCCCCUGAGGAUGACCUGGCGGCGCGGUGGCAGGCAGAACUCGACGAUGACGAUGAUAUGCUUUUGGAGGAUGAAACUUCGGGGGAGUUGCCAAACCAGGAGAUGCACAUGAAUGGAAUCGCUUCACAGGCCGCGCCGCCUGUUCUGAGCAGCCCUUUUGGAACGCCGGAGAGUGCAGCUCGGCCCAAGGCACAGCCAACAUCUUACACGCCGCAUCAACCGUCUACAUCAGAUCUACUUCAAGGGAUCCCCGCGCAGGGAUAUGCUCAGGGAAACACCACAACAGCUCCCAACUACUUUGCGCCUCAGCCGCCGAAACCCGCUACGAGCAGAGCGGAAAGCUUCGCGGAACGUUCCAAAGAAGGGUACAAAUCACCAUACGAUCUGCCUGAGGAUCUGGCUCGCCCUCGCAGAGCUGCCGCGACGCAUCGGCCGGUGGUGGUGCCUGGCAAUAAUAUGGCUCCAGGUCCACCCGCCGCCAGUGUUCCCCCUCCUCAAAGGGCUCCCUCCAUGCCGACUCCCCCAAUGGCUACAUUGCCAAGUACAACAACGGCUCCGCCAGCUCCGCCGAAGAACUUCUAUGAAGAGCUACCCCCGCCACCGCCUAAACCGCAAUCUAGGCCGUCCAGUUCUGGACGCUAUACUCCGGGUCCGGCGUCGUCUCACCCAGUUCUGCCGCCACCUUCCAAUCCAUAUGCUGCUGUUCCACCUCCACCCACGGUUGAUUCUAGUAUACCGCCUCACUUGCAUCAGCCGGAAAAGACGGAUCCAUAUGUAAAUCUUCUCGCACCCAGUGCGCCAAGCGCACCAAGCGCGCCCAGUGCCGCGUCUCGGUAUUCGCCCAAACCUCCUUCUCUACAAGGUGGAGUCAAACCUCCGCCGUCUCCUCGGUAUUCUCCGGCACCACCUCCGUCCACCGCGCCUGUGCCCCCUCGCAAUCGCUAUGCGUCUCAACCUUCCAGUGGACCUGGUCAGACGGCUGUUCUCCCGUUCCAGCCUCGGACGUCGAGCCCAUUGGCUUAUCAUGAGAAGGUCUCUUAUCAGCCACAGGAAGGCCUCCGGAAGCCGUCAUUUGCUGAGCAAGAAUCGGCCGCGGGUCCUCAAAACGAGAUACAGGAGCAGCCCGUUGGACAUCAUGUCGGCCAAUCUGUCCCUGGUGGAACGGUGGUGGAUACGCAGAACACCGGUGCGCCAAUGGCUCCUCAGCAGACCUCUCCUCCCCGGAAUCCCUAUGCUCCCCCGGCUUAUGUGAAUGACUUUUCCAAGCGUGUGGCGCCUAUGACUAGCGCUCCUCCACCAGCUUCUGCACCACCAGCCACUGAAACACAAUUCAUGCCACCUCGCAGAUCGCAGACACAAUCCCCUAGUCAGCAAGUCUUGGGCCCCAGGCUUUCCGUGCCGGCGGUCGAUCCUUUGCAACGACCUGCUUCGGUUCACGGCUCCGGGUCUCCGACAAAGUCCUCUAGUCCGUAUGCUCCUUCAGCUCCUGCCCAUAACCGCGUGGCUUCACAGCAGCUCGAAUUUAUCCCGCCAACUGAUGGCCAAGAAUUGGAUCCUCUUGAGAGGUGGAGAGGAGCACCCAUCGUCAAAUUUGGAUUUGGUGGUGCGAUCGUUUCGUGCUUCCCCAAACACAUACCACGCUACACGGCUGGCCAACCUGCGCCAAAGAUCAUGGCCGCUCCCGGUGAAGCUAGGAUACACCAGCUCCGCGACUGGGUUCCCAUUGCAGACAGUAUCGUUCAACAUCCUGGCCCUCUCAAGAAUAAGUCCAAGAAGAAGGACUUGCUUGCUUGGUUGUCUAGCAAGAUUGCCCAGUUUGAAAACGAGGGCAUCUCGGAAGCUGCCCAAUUACACCCAGAAUCUGGCAUGCGCCAUGAUGAGAAGAUCCUGCUAUGGAAGAUCAUCCGAAUCCUGGUGGAACAUGACGGUACUUUGGAAGGAUCAGAACCCAUCAAAAAGGCCUUGCGUGGUGUCAUUUUCCCUCAUCUGGCAGAGAAUCCUGACUCUAGUGAAAGCUAUGGAGCCAAUGUCCCGUCUUUUGGUGACAUUAAGCCAUUAGAUGCGCCAUCAAAGUCCGACGCGAUGGAUCCUCAAGCAAUCGGGAACCUUCGAAAUUACCUUCUUCUUGGAGACCGAGAAAAAGCAGUUUGGAGUGCAGUAGAUAACCGGCUCUGGGGUCAUGCGAUGGUUAUCGCGUCGACCAUGGACAAGUCGGUCUGGAAGCAAGUGGUCCAGGAGUUCGUCCGGCGCGAAGUCCGGUCUGCAACCGGCAACACCGAAUCCCUGGCCGCGCUCUAUGAGAUAUUUGCAGGCAACGUUGAGGAAAGCAUUGAUGAACUCGUCCCACCGUCCGCAAGAGCCGGUAUGCAGAUGAUUAGCACGGUUGACGGACAUGGGCCAGCCAAGAACGCCUUGGACGGUUUGAAUAGUUGGAGAGAUACUUUGGGUUUGGUGCUGAACAACCGUAGCCCUGACGAUCACCAGGCGCUUCUGUCUCUUGGCCGGCUUCUUCUGUCCUAUGGCCGCGUCGAAGCCGCGCACAUUUGUUUCAUUUUCUCGCGCGCUGCAGUCUUUGGCGGGGCUGAUGAUCCGCAGUCAUGCAUCGUCCUCCUCGGUGCUGAUCAUCAACAUUUGCCAUCUACUAUCUUGCAGGAUGAGGAUGCCUUUUUGCUUACCGAGGCGUACGAAUAUGCCACAACGAUCCUGGCGGGAGCUCCCAUGGCCACACUUCCUCAUCUCUUGGCGUUCAAGCUGCUUCACGCUUGGUCUCUCGCUGACCGUGGACGCAAAGCCGAGGCUCAACAGUAUUGCGACGCGAUCGCGGCAUCCCUCAAAUCCACCACGAAGCCUUCCGGAUACCACAAUCAGCAUUUGUUGUUCGGCGUGGACGAAUUAUCAGCCCGCCUUAGACAAACUACCAAUGAUGGCGGGUCCUCUUGGAUAUCAAAGCCAAGUAUGGAGAAGGUGUCAGGCUCGAUGUGGGCGAAAUUCAAUAGCUUUGUCGCGGGCGAUGAUAGCGAUGCAGCCUCUACAGGCUCUGGAAAGGCUGGAGAAGGUGAUGUCGGUCCCUUUGCCAGAUUUACGGGGACUCCUACCCUCAGCCUAUUCCUAGCAGCGGACCCUCCCGUUACCAGCCAAAUAACCAAUAUGCCCCUAAUGCAUCUCCUGAACAACCUCGCGGACGGUCUUCGAUGGACUCCCAGCGCUCAUCAUCCUAUGGAUUUCCCUUUCCCACAGCGACGGGGAUCUCAGGAGCCUGCAACGCCCAUGGAGAACACCUUCUACCAGGGAGGCGGGCCUUACGGCUCUCCACCUGCCGUUGGAUACCAAUCCACGCCCCCGCAGACGUCUUACAUGCCACUUGCCCCUGUUGAAGAGGAUUCCGCUACUCAGUCUUACCCUGCUGCAUCCGCACCGCCGCACGAACCUGCCAUGAACACGUCUCCGUACUUGCCGCCUGGCGGGCCAUCUAGCCAGCCACUCAAUCGGGGUUCCAUGAUGGACUCUCAGACGGGUGCAUCUAGCUACAUGCCGGCCGAAACUAGUGGGUCUAGCUAUACGCCUCCUACUUUCAACACUGGCUAUGAACCCCCCACCAUCGAGACAACGGCUGCACCGGAUACCCAAUCGACGGACGAACCUGCUGAUGAUGUGCCUCUGAAAAAGAAAAAGUCUUUCAUGGACGACGAUGAUGACGAUGACAUUGCAGCCCGUGCUGCGGCCCUUCAGAAGGCGGAGAAGGAACGAAAGGACCGUGAAGCGGAGGAGAAUUUCCGCAGAAUUGCGGAGGCCGAAGCCAAGAAUGCACCUCAACAAAAGAAGUCGUCGUGGUGGCCUGGGUGGUUCGGAGGCGGCAAGAAAGAAGAGAACAACAACUCUGGUGGCCCCAUCCGUGCUAAGCUCGGCGAAGAGAAUUCGUUCUACUACGACAAAGAGCUCAAGAAAUGGGUCAACAAAAAGGAUCCUAACAGUGCCACUGUAUCCCGUGGUACACCACCCCCACCAAGAGGAGCUGCUCCUCCUAGCAGGACUGCCAGUGGCAGUAGUGCUCCUCCGCCGGCUGCUUCUCCUAAGCCGCCUGGCCCUGACAGUCGACCUACCUCCUCUGCUGGUGCUCCUCCGCCGCAAACUGGAAGCCCAGCACCAUCACUACUUGGUGCUCCUCCCCCGUUCCUCAACGCGGUUCCCCGAUCUGUCUCUACAGGCGCGGCUGCACCACCGACACGUCCCGGUAGUUCUUCCGGGCCGCCGCCUCGUCCAGCAACGUCACUGAGCACAGCAAGCUCGAUAGACGAUUUGCUUGGUCCGCCGCAGGCACGCAAGGGCGGCACUGUCAAGGGCAAAAAGAAAGGCAGAUACGUCGAUGUGAUGGCGAAAUAA